GUAUGUGUCGCAAACGGGGUAGUAAUCCUUCGAUCUUUUCAAACUAGUGCAAUUUCGUAAUUUGUGUUCACAUUUCUCAUGUUUUUUAAUUAGUUUUGAAUAAGUAAAUAUAUAAGUUUUUUAUAUAUUUUAGUUUAGUGAAUUUCUUGUCGAGUUGGCGCGUUUAGAAAACUUACGUGAACAAAGAGUGGAAGAAAUAACAGUGACAACUGGAUAAAGCUUCUUUUGUUCAAGAUGCCAUGUGACGGGUAGAGAGAACCUUGAUGGCGCGGUGACACAGCAUGUGCAGUGCGCACCUCGCCGCUCUCUUGCGGCUACUCAUAUUGGCUGGUGGUGCCUUCUACGUGAACCCAUAUACUAGCGAAGAUCGGAUCGACCUAAACCAAGUAUGGGUGGAGAUCCCCAAGAGUCUAGUCGCUUUGGGCGGCGAUGUCCACAUCCUCGUCCAAGGAGCAACCGGCGCUGGCAACUUAAGAGUUCGCCUCGCGCGAGAAGACGACGACGGCCGCACUCUUCUAGCCACCAUGCCUCUCGCUUUAGAUGCCGAGAGCCGAAUGACUUUGCCGUGCGGGUAUUUCUCCCGAGGGGGAAUUUACUAUUUAGAAAUUGUUGCUGAUAAAGAGAGUUUCUUAGAUUACGGCAACGCUACAAUUAACACAAUCAAAGUUAAAAGAGAUGUAUCAGAAGGAGGUCUGAUGGAGACAGGGGAUAGUGUGGUUAAGUCUUGGAAGUUUGACGUUCUGUGGCCAAGUGCCACUUUGGAUGUGACUCCGGAGCAAAUCCAGACGUAUCCUGAAAGACAAGUGACGGCGAUACUGGAGUUCCCGAAGGUUGUAUGCACUCCGGUACAGACAAGUGCUGAUUUUUGGUUAGAACUUUUGUAUUGUGGACAUUCGAGUGGCGGAGCCGUGUUGUGUGACGGCAAAAAUACUAGUUCACAUGCUCAUGUGCUGUAUUCAGAGCAGAUGUAUGGGUUCCCUGGUCGACGCACCAUGACGCUUCGCUGUGAACUGUUCGGCCAGGCUGGAGAUUAUGCACUCACCCUAAGGCCUGCAGCUGCUGCUGGUCCCCAGGACUUAGCUCUAGCUUUUGUAAAGGCGGACUGGUCGGACCAAUUCGUACUUAACGUUCAUGGCGGGUCCGUGUUCCCCUGUGGAGAUGGAGUGAGAGUUCUGUUCCAGUACCCCGAGUGUGUGCUGGACGGUUCUGACAGGGUGCGAGUCUUCGGGAGAGACAGCUCGGACAGGCUGCGAUAUGUUGCGGAAAGGAGAGUUCGGAGGGGGCAGCACACAGCUUCAUUUGACUGUCGUCUGUUCAGUGAGAAAUAUCCGGAAUAUUGCUUCGUGUAUGUGUCGCAGGCUGUUACUGGGGCUGUCGCAGAUGUGCGCAUGGACUGCCUACCGACUUUACCUUUAUCAGAGGGAGGAGCUGGUGGUUGGGGAGAAUGGUCUCCGUGGUCUGCGUGUCCAGCACCUGAACAUUGCUCUACUCGCACGCGUAGCAGACAUCGCUUCUGCGAUUCUCCGCCUCCCGCCUAUGGAGCCAAGUAUUGUGAGGGCCAAGCAGUCGAACUAGCGGCUUGCGAAUGCUCUGCGCGCCCAUGGGCAGGUGAUUCCUCGAUGGUGGUGGCUGAGAUCGGUGCACGGUGUCGAUGUGGCUGUGUACUCCACCUGGCGCCAAUUGCCAGACUACUGGCGGGGUCUGCCAGAGCCUGCCCCGCCAGGUCAUUCUGGCUACUACAGGCGGAAGAAGGGUUAACAGUGCGGGUCCGGUUCGAGGCAGUUCGCUUACCGUGUGCGGGUCAGUCCCUCAGGGCUCGUGACGGGGACUCAUUGGGCUCACCCCUUUUAGCCUCAUGGGACGGCCCCGAUACUAGCGCUGUGUCCAGUGAAGUAGAAAUGACGACAGACAGCAGCGGUAUGGUGGAGAUCACAGGUGGGAGACACAUACUCGUCGAACUACGCUCCAAUGACGUGAGUGAACGAUGCGCGGGCGGCUUUUUGGCGCAUGCUACACAGAGUGAGCCAAUCCGCAACGCGUCAGCAGCGUGGGCGUCGGUGGCUACCGUAGCGUGGUGGCGCGGAGGUGGCGGAGCGCGAGCGGCAGCUGCAGCGUUAGCGGCCCUCGCUGCCUUGGCCGCCAUUCUGUUAGCUUUGCAUUCCGCUCAUCGCACGAGAGCCUACCAACGCGCCGCUGAUAAGGAGUCGCUCACUGAUAGCGAUGCAUGUUCAGCUUCCCUGGAAAUGGGAGCGUCUGGAUCUCGAAGCACUUUGCUCAGCGAGGUGGUCGGUGGCGGAGUGUCACUGCGACGGCUGCUGCCCCGGAGGCGGCACACGAGGCUUAGAGACUGCGAUAGGGGUUCAGGACAAGCGGGAAACAGGGACGAAGACGACGCCACAUCUGACAUGGAGGCUGACGCGGUCAGCGUAACGAGCGCUUGCAGCGGGGCGAGCCAGGCUUCUCAAGCCACGGUAACACCGGAGAACGUGUCUGCGAGCAGCGCCCCUGUCGCUGGAAGCGUUAGACAGUCGCCGCUACGUCGUUCACACACCGUGUCGCAUGCUUCUGUUCAAAUGACGUCAACCCCGCAAGCGUCAACGAGCGAGGCGAUAACAGCCGAAGUGAACACGAGCGUGACAAGCGUGAGCGAGCGAGACAGCUACAGCGAGAAAGACCACGACAGUUUAUGGGAAAAGGACGUACAGAGCGUUGCCUCGUCCACGUCAGCCGCUACUCUGACUAACGGCUGGUACUCCCCAGCACUAAGCGGAGUCUCGUCCGCCCAUAUCCGCGACAACCCUAAGCACACGAAAGAGAGCUGCAACCGACGGCUCUUGAGAUCGGACUUGAGUCUGACCUCACAUCCCGAGAUGGAGAUCGACUAUUACGACUAUGAAGUCAAUAAUGCGGGUAAAUGUUCCGUUCCCGGUUCGUACUUAGGAAUGGACCCGGCGUUUCUCGUCUGGAUUCCGCCGCUGGACGAGGGUGACAUCAUUAGAGAGAUGGAUGAGAGCAAGGCUCCUAUUUACGAAGAAUUGAUCCCGAAAGAACUGAGACCGAAUCCCGGCAGCAACACCGAGUCACCCGAAGACCCGUCCACGCUGAAGAGAAUGCCAACAAAUCACUCGAACGAGUCCAUCAAAUUCCGCAAAGCGCUCGACAGGAGCGUCAUUCACCCUCUGAACUUCAGCAUCAGUGAUUUGCAAAACUCGCCCAAACUGCCCAAAAGGAAUAAGAGGAAAAAAUCAGAGAUUCCCGUGAAUAUUCCGAUGAAGGAUCUCACCUCGAUGUCCCCGGCCAAGGUGCACAGGAAGUCCGAUGAUUCGACGCUGAAAAGGGUGACGGAGACCAGAGAAAAGGACAGCACGCUGAAGAGGAGUGAUUUUAACGAUAUAAGAUUCGCGGAUGAUUCGUCAAACGAAAUAAAAUUCGCUGACGAUUCGCCCGACAGCAAUCGUUUGAUGGAUCAAUUUGACCUUGAAGUGUAAUCUGGCUAGCUAUUGGAGUACAGACCCAAGUUCUCUAUGUUGGAAAAAAAUUAUUUUUAUUUGUUUUCUUAUGUUUUAAGCGAAGAUUGAUGCGCCUUUGUUUCCUUUUAAUAAUAGUUAAAUAAUACAUUUUAUAAUUUUUUUUAUAUCUCUUAAAAGGCAGGUCGUACUUUUCUUUAGUAAAUCAACUAGGAACAACUUGGGGUACGUACUUGUAGAGACCUUUUAGAUAAAAUAUUUAAUUAAUGUUUAAACGUCACUAUAAUUCUGUUUGUUCGUAUGCAAUAUUUUGAAUUACGUGUUAGUAUUGUAUAUAAAAUGAGUUUGCGUACACAAAUUGUUAACGUGAACCCGUCGAGCUCAAAGCUAAUCUACUAAUAUUUAGAAUAGAACACAAUACAAAUAAGCUUUUGCAUUCACGUAAUAACAUUGUGAUAGAGUUAUUUUUCUUAUAGCUACCGAAUAUAGUUUAAUUUUUAUACUAUUUUAAAAGCUCGUAAAUAUAGCUCUAUCUGGCGGAAAUUCCUCCUGCAUCCACAAUUCUUAAACGUGCAAUUUCUGCUUAUCGCUUAAUAAGUUUAAAACUAUAUUCGGUAACUAUAAUAUCGCAGGUAAAGCAUUCUUUAGAUCCAUUAGUUGUACUAAGGACCAACUUGUGAAUAGAACCUCUCAUAUCAUCAAACUCAUACAAAUCAUUGAUAUAGCUAUCUGAUUAUACGUAAAUAUGUGUCUAAUGUGCUCUGCUUAAACAGAAUUAUUUUCCGCUAUACCUAUAUAAAAUAAUCAUGCAACUAUAUAGGUAUUUUAUAUGAAAUUUUCUUUUGAAAGACUGACAUUUCGGGCAGUGCAAUACGUGUAAAUUAAUUUAUUCGACUACUAAACAAAAUUGGAUCAUUUAAUAACGUAUGAAAUGUUUUCGAAGUCCGUGGGAAAAAUCUGUUCCAUCUGUCGCAUGUUUCAAUUGCUAUAGGUUAAAUUCUAAAUAACGGCAUACACUAAACGCUAAAGCCGAUUUGUUUCCAUAAUUCCCUUACGCUCGAAUUGACAAUUCCGAUUGUCCGUUCUAUCAAAAUUUAAUGACUUUGCAAAUACGACAAAGCGUCAUUAUUCAUAUUAAAUAGCUGUGAACUAAUUUACGUUAAUAUUGUUCAUUUAGAUAUGAUUUGUUUAAAAACUUUUAAUGUGAAGUAGAGGCUUUUAUAUUAUAUUUAUAUAUAUUAAACUUUAGUUGCUGCAUCAUAUGUAUAUAUAUAUACACGACUAUAAUAAAGCACUGUUAUAUGCUAUCAGUAUUUACAAUAUUUUUUAUAAGAUUACCUUUAAAUGUAUGCAAUUACUAUAUUUGUCGUAGCUCCUUAACGGAUGUUCGUAGCAUAUCCACCGUAGCUACCGGCUCUACGAAUUGGUAAAUAUAAAUGACAAGAAUGUUGUUACUUUUGAAUUUUUUUAUCAUUAUAAAAUUAUGUUGAAUAAAUCUCGUGUAUGGGAUUUUAUCAGUAAAUAUUGUUAAAUAUACUUAAGUUUCUUAAGGUAAAAUUUAUCUAAGUGUAGAACGAUUUGUACAAUUAGCUGAUUUGAUCUCAGAAUGUCUAGUCAUUUAAUUUUAUUUACAGCUUAAUAGCACAUUAGUCGUAAGAUAUGUAAACAUUAAUAUUCUUUAUUUAAAUGUAAAAUGCACUAAAGCAAUAUCUGAAUGUCCGAAUGUAAGUAAUGUAUUUUUUC